CUGCGCGGACCAGCGAGCCGGGUAGCCGCCGCCAGCUCGCCCGCCCGCCCGCCCUCCCGCGUGCCUGGGCUGUGGUGGGCCAGGAUGUCGGGCUUCCUGGAGGAGCUGCUGGGCGAGAAGCUGGUGACGGGCGGUGGCGAGGAGGUGGACGUGCACUCGCUGGGCGCCCGAGGCAUCUCGCUGCUCGGGCUCUACUUCGGCUGCAGCCUGAGCGCCCCCUGCGCGCAGCUCAGCGCCAGCCUGGCCGCCUUCUACGGCCGCCUGCGGGGGGACGCGGCGGCUGGCCCGGGAGCCGGGGCUGGGCCGGGGCCGGGGGCCGGGGCGGCCGCGGAGCCCGAGCCACGGAGCCGCCUGGAGAUCGUCUUCGUGUCUUCGGACCAGGACCAGCGGCAGUGGCAGGACUUCGUGCGGGACAUGCCGUGGCUGGCGCUGCCCUACAAGGAGAAGCACAGGAAGCUUAAACUUUGGAACAAAUAUCGAAUCUCCAACAUUCCAUCGCUCAUAUUCUUAGAUGCCGCCACGGGGAAGGUUGUGUGCAGGAACGGGCUCCUGGUGAUCCGAGAUGACCCGGAAGGUCUGGAAUUCCCUUGGGGACCUAAGCCCUUCAGGGAAGUCAUUGCAGGACCCUUGCUUAGAAAUAACGGGCAGUCUCUGGAGAGCAGCAGUCUGGAGGGGUCUCACGUGGGAGUCUAUUUCUCUGCACACUGGUGUCCGCCCUGUCGAAGCCUCACCCGAGUGCUGGUGGAGUCCUACCGGAAAAUCAAGGAGGCAGGCCAGGAGUUUGAGAUCAUCUUUGUUAGCGCUGACAGGUCAGAGGAGUCAUUCAAACAGUACUUCAGUGAGAUGCCCUGGCUCGCCGUCCCCUACACUGAUGAGGCCCGGCGGUCACGCCUCAACCGGCUUUAUGGAAUCCAAGGGAUCCCCACGCUCAUCGUGCUGGACCCACAGGGGGAGGUGAUCACGCGGCAAGGACGGGUGGAGGUGCUCAAUGAUGAAGAAUGCAGGGAGUUCCCGUGGCACCCGAAGCCUGUGCUGGAACUCUCCGACUCCAAUGCCGUACAGCUCAAUGAGGGCCCCUGCCUCGUCCUGUUUGUAGAUUCUGAGGAUGAUGGAGAGUCUGAGGCAGCCAAACAGCUGAUUCAGCCAAUAGCUGAGAAAAUCAUUGCCAAGUACAAAGCCAAAGAGGAGGAGGCACCACUUUUGUUCUUUGUGGCCGGGGAGGAUGACAUGACUGACUCCCUGCGAGAUUACACCAACCUGCCUGAAGCUGCCCCCCUGCUCACCAUUCUGGACAUGUCGGCCCGAGCCAAGUAUGUGAUGGAUGUGGAGGAGAUCACCCCUGCUGUUGUGGAGGCCUUUGUGAACGACUUCCUAGCAGAAAAGCUCAAACCAGAGCCCAUCUAGUGGGGCUCCAGCCUCCGGAGACAGUAUUUAAGACUGUUUUCUCCUCUUCCCCUACUCCCCCCAGCCCUUGGACUUUUCCAGCGUGUCCAGCCUCUCUGCAGUGCCUUGUUUCUGCGUUCACUCCUCAGCUAGCACCCGAGGGUGCGCCUCCUCACAGCAGCAGCAGAACCCACUGUUUGUGGACUGCUUAGGAUUCAUGGGGAUGGCAUAACCAGCCAGACCUGGGACUGCCACACAGAUCCAGGUCACUAGCUCCUGGUGAAGGACCUGCCAGGGUGUUCUUCUGCAGAGUAAGCAAGCAGGAAUGGUGGACUGGGGCUCUGGCUCUGCCUAUUGGGUCAGCACACACACCCAGAGCCCAAAGCAGCUAGAAAGGAACUGCUUGGUAUCAUGUAUACAUGCAGGUGGACGUGGUCUUUCUUGGUCUGAGGGAAAAACAGCAGCUUGUCAGUGGGUUCUGGGACAGGGGAACCUCCAAAUCUAAAAGGAAGCAUGUAAGGUGUUGUGGUGAGAAAAAUGAGUAGCUAAGCAAAUGGUUCAUAUAGUAAUUGCUUACUUUUAUUAAGCUCCUCCCAUGUGAUUAGAAUUUUUCAUUCUUUCAUCUCUUUCUUCCUCGCUCUUGACCUUCUCCAAGUUUCUGCCUGCUCAGACAGCUCCUGUAUCUUGGCAUUUUGUUACUGAAUUCUUCCCCUUGGACAUCUUCCCAAGAACUUGGCCCUGGGUUCCUAGAGGAGUGAUGCCCAGCCAGCCCUGUGCCUGAGGCCACUGGACCUCUGCUGAGACACCUGCACCCCCUUUCAUUACUCCUGUUCUUUUUCUUUUCCAAAGCAGAACUAAAAAAUGACAAGAAUUUAACAGGAGCCCAGCUUUUCCCUGAGAACCUGCAGAAGGAGCUGUGCCCAAGGGCAGAAGUGAGGGCAGAGGGCAUGUCAACUACAAGUAGGCUUUGUAUCUCCUUUGCUAGGCCUGGAUAGCUUGGGCUCUUAUUUGAACUGAAGUGACCACAAAAAGGGAAGCACCAGCUACAUUCUUAGGAUUUGGGGUGAAGGGCUUUGGUCUAGGGAUUUGCAGAGGUUUAGCCUGUCUCAAUCAGGUGUCAGGGGCUUUAAACAAUCCCAGGCCUUAUCCUCAGCUCCACUCAGUGCUCUGCCAACCAAAACCAUUUAUUAGGAAAACCCAGCUCUUCCCAAUAAGCUGUUGACACUGUUAUUCCUUGCUGAAUUGGAUUGUUGAUUUGUAGUUCAGAGGUACAAAAUUAGUUGGUAAUUAGCCUAUUUGAUGUUGCCAACCUGAAAUACAAUCAUCUAGAAAGAAAUAAAGCAGGCAUCUCUGGACAUUAUCACCCACUUGGCCUUUCCUGUCUUUAAUAACAACAAUCUUUUCCCCGUGAAUGCUUUACUGGGGGUGGGCAGUGUGGGAAAGUAGGACAUAGAGAACCUCUGGGAGUUUUGUUCCAGAAUUUUCAAAAAUCUCAAGAACUGGGGCUGGGGACAGAGCUUAGUGGUAAAGUGCUUGCCCAGCAUGUACAAGGCCCUGGGUUCAAUCCCCAGCACUGAAAGGGAAAAAAAAGAAAAACAAAACAAAAAUAGGGCCAUCUGUCAAAUCUUCUUGGUUUCCAGAAGGCAGGAAACGUGUUUACUUGUGCCAGACACAGAUCCCUUGUGGAGCUCUGGCCACAUCUCCUAGUUUGACUUGGCACUGGAUGGAGGGUGAAUUUCCAGAUUAUGGAAUUGCUAUGGACAUUCUUGCUCUUUCCCUCCUUCCAGCACUGAACCUGGAGAAGGCUUCAUCAGAAACACGGGGAAGCACACAUGGGUCUCUCUGUCAUGACAAAGUUGGGGAUGCCAUGCUUACCACUAUGCAAACCAAACCAAAAUACCCGUGCAUGUGAUUGAGAUGCAUGGUGAUCAGCUUCCUCUCCAGAAGUCGGGUGUAUGCUGCUGUUGCUCCUCCUUCCCACCACUUGUCCAUGCAAUCAGUGGCUGUCACUUAUUCCAGCACAGGAAUCCAACGUUGCUUUUUUGCAUCAGUUGAGCUUCAAGUGGUAAUUUUCAGCCAGACUUUGUUUUUUCCUGUUGCCUAAUUAAAGACCCUAAAAAGCUGUUCCCCCUCCUGCUGCCGUGCUCAGGGAUGCAAACCGAAUCCAGCAAUGAGACAGACUGCAGGAGACAGCCCUGGACCAGGCUGUGGGACCUAACAUGCUGCUGCAUUGGUUAGCAUAGAGAGAAACCCCUGUACUGGGAAGAGCCUGAGUGAGCUUCUGCCCCGCACUGUUCCAGUCAUGCAGGGCAGACAUACUCUGUAUACAGUGCUAGUUCUCUGGCCAGUCUGAACAGGCCCAUGCUUGCCCAACAGCCCUGGAAUGCCACAGUGGUACAGACCUUGGAGUUGGCAAUACACAGGGAUAGCAGAAGUUCAGGGGUGCCCCCUCUAGCUCCUCUGGGUACAGCCUUAAGAGCCAAGGACUGACCUGAGGGCGCUGAGCCUAUGAGGAUCUUUCAAGCUUGUCCUGAAAUGGUUGUAUUAAAGUGAGCACCUUACCUACAUCCCUCAUUGCCAAUGUCAACAGGGACAAGAGCAUGCCGUUUCCUCCAAGCAGGAAAGAUUCUUGGGGACAAAUCACAUGGCUAUUGACUGCAAGCUUGAUAUUGGUGGCUAUGGCUGAUAAGCAUGUGUGGUGAUGAAAGAGUUUCCAGAAACAAAAGUCUGUCUGUAGCACUGCAUUUUGGUUCUGCUUCGUUUGUGGGAUUUCUCCUACUGAGAGAAAUAGAGCAUAAUGAUGUCCUAGGCACACCUCACCCAUGAAAGGAUGAAGUAGGUAUACUCCCUUUUUCAAGGUAUACAUGUGGCUUACCCCUGUGUUUUGGAUUACUUCCCAGGGCAGGAAAUGUGUCAGUAGGUGUGGGUGGAACUCAUUCUGAGGGACAGUUUGGUUUCCAUUAAAUACAGUGCCAACUCAUGGAGCCAACAUCUCUACAGACCGACACGCAACCCCAAGCUGGCGGCAGUAGUCUCAAGUCUUGAUUCCUGGGUGCUCGUAUCUCAUACAGAGGACCAUCAGGUGAACUAGAACUAAGACACUAGGAGACAUGAUCUUAGGACCUACAGCCAAAAAAAUUCAGUCUCUCGUAGCUGUAAGACGAUGCAGAGGUCCCAAUCAAUCAAGUGCCCCCACCAAGCUUGUAAUGAAUGUGUGCCUCCUUUCCCAUCCCACCCCUGUAGAGCAAGAGAGCCUGAGACCAGAUCUGGCUACAGCCACCACUCUUUCUCUUCCACAUCUGUUCUCGCCUUUCAUUUUGAGGAAGUUGCAGCAUUGCCGACAAACCUUCGAAGAGCUGGCUUCAGCUGAACCAAGAAAUCCCAGGAUUGGGCGUUAGCGCAGAACCAAUCCCAUCCAGAACACAUUCAAGUUCUCAACCAUACUUGUCUGUUGGAUUUGUGUGUGUGUGGUACUGAGGUUUGAACUCAGGGCCUACACCUUGAGCCAUAUCACCAGCCCUUUUUUCUUUUUUUUUUUUGUUUGUGGUACUGGGGUUUGAACUCAGGGCUUCAUACUUGCAAAGCAGGUACUCUACCACUUGAGCCACACCUCUAGUCCAUCUGUCAGGUUUCAAAUGCUCCCUGAGGUUUCCAGUGAGGACUUGGCUUGUGGUGGGGAUCUUAGCUGUUCAGGUAUAACAUGCUUCCUGUGUUCAGAGACUUGGUUCCUCCACUAAGUUGGUGUCUAGUUUAUUGCAUUGGUGCAUGCAUGGAGGAAGUAAGAUAUGGGAAUUUCAAAGUGGCAAAGCAUGAGUGCUUUCUUGAAAAAACAAGGUGAGCGUAAGUGGAGUUGCUCCACUGAGCAGCUGGGCAAAGGAGAGCCCUGGACCCUGAGCAACUGGUGAUCUUCAGCACUAGCUAGGGGCCCCUGAAUGGUACCGUUUCUGGUGUCUGUGGAGUGCUGGGGGUCACAACAGGGGAGCUAGAUGCAGCUCUGCUUGGAUGAAAGUAACACUGGAGUGCUAUGAUCCCUGGGGCAAGUGUUGAAAGGUCCAGAGAUGUUUCCCUGUGGUGACUUGAAUUUUCACCAGGAGCUGGGGGUGGAGGUGGGAAUCCACUCUCCCUGCCCUGCACUAACUGAAGGACUAUGUGUGCGCUCACAUUGGGACAUCAGCAUCUACCCAGAGCUGUUCUCUCAGAGGCUUGUUACAGGGAAGUGGCACUUGUUUUGCCUCUUCCCAUUUCUGUCUCUUCUCUCAUUUUUGGUCUAGUGUCCUGACUCUGACUCUUAAUUCUGCCGAUAUUAUGAGACCCAAGCUUGGAAAAUGCUCUUUGGCAGAAGA